AUGCUCGUCAUGCAUGACAGUGGAUACAACUCACCAUGUGGUGGAAUUGCACCAUCGUCGUUACAAUCUCCAUCAGAAAAACCUCUAAAACCUGAUAUCAAUUCGGAAGUACGGCGAAAGCUAUUUGAGUCGCACACAUUCCGGUACUCAGGAUCUUACAUCACUCCUUUCAAAUCAAACUGCCGGUCACGAGAAAUCGCUCGGCGACUCGUAGAGAUGUGUGAUACGUUUGAUAAGGAGUUCGCGGGCAUCGCUGAAGAAAGGCAGAAUUUCACAUGGGCAACCUCUAUAAUUCGAAUUGUCGGAUUCUGA